GGUGAGCUUAUUUCCACUUUCCCUUCAAUCCAAAAACAACUUUAUUCUAGAAUCGUUGUUCUCAAUUUUUGCUUCAUCAAUCAACAACAAAUUUGCACUUCGAUUCAAUAUCAAUACUCUCUCUCUCUCUCUCUCUCUCUCUCUCUCUCUCUCUCUCUCUCUCUUACACACACACACACACACACACACACACAUAAAUAUAUAUACACACACACUUUUACCUUAUUGAAAUGACCUCACUGUUCAGAAGAAGAACACAAGCUUUAAAAACCUUCCUCACGAACUCAAAAUUCUCUCCAAUUAAACCCUCCCAAAACCCUCAACCCCCAUUCCCCUGUUUUCCCCAACAAUCUGGGGUUUCAAAAUGUCAAUCUUUUUCAACCCAAUACCCCAAAUUCCCCGAAUACGAAAUGCCCUCGGUCACCUGGGGCGUUGUUCAAGGGCGUAAAGAAAAGCUCGUCUCUCGUGUCAUAAUUUGUGAUUACUUGAAAGGUAUAGGCAUAGUCCCGGAUGAAUUGGAGGACCUAGAAUUGCCCUCCACUGUUGAAGUUAUGCGCGAACGCGUUGAGUUUUUGCAGAAAAUAGGGUUAACAAUUGAUGAUAUCAAUGAGUACCCAUUGAUGCUUGGUUGUAGUGUGCGUAAAAAUAUCAUACCUGUAUUGGGUUACUUAGAAAAGAUUGGAAUUCAAAGGUCAAGGCUUGGUGAGUUUGUUAAGAAUUAUCCUCAAGUUUUGCACAUGAGUGUUGUUGUUGAGCUUGUCCCAGUGGUUAAGUUCCUCCGUGGGCUUGAUGUUGAAAAGCAUGAUAUGGGGUAUGUGUUGAUGAAAUAUCCGGAGCUAUUAGGAUUUAAGCUUGAAGGGACAAUGAGCACGUCAGUGGCUUAUCUAGUUAGUAUUGGAGUGAAUCCGAGAGAUAUUGGACCAAUGGUCACACAAUAUCCAUAUUUUUUGGGAAUGAGAGUUGGGACAAUGAUCAAACCACUUGUUGAUUACUUGGUUUUGUUGGGUUUGCCAAAGAAGAUCAUAGCGAGGAUGCUUGAGAAGAGAGCAUACAUACUUGGUUAUGAUCUUGAAGAAACUGUUAAGCCGAAUGUGGAUUGUUUGAUAAGUUUUGGGAUUCGGAGGGAAGCUCUUGCUUCAAUUAUUGCACAGUACCCACAAAUUAUUGCACUUCCUUUGAAAGCUAAAUUGUCAACACAACAGUAUUUCUUCAAUUUGAAGCUCAAGAUCGAUCCUGAUGGGUUUGCUCAAGUCAUUGAGCGAAUGCCGCAGAUAGUUAGCCUUAACCAAAAUGUGAUCAUGAAACCUGUUGAGUUCCUUGUUGGACGGGGCAUACCAGUGGAGGAUGUUGGAAAGAUGGUUGUCAAUUGUCCACAGUUAGUUGCUGUGCAAGUUGGGCUUAUGAAAAACAGUUAUUACUUUUUCAAGAGCGAGAUGGGAAGGCCAGUGAAUGAGCUCGUGGAGUUUCCAGAGUACUUUACUUACAGCUUGGAAUCAAGGAUCAAACCCAGGUACCAGAAAUUACAAGGCAAAGGAAUUAGGUGUUCGUUGGCUUGGUUUUUAAAUUGUAGUGACAAGAGAUUUGAAGAGAGACUACAAGCUGAUUAUCUCGAAAUUGAGAGUGCAGGUCCAUCAUUUUGUAUGGGUGGGAAACUAGAACUACCAGGGAGUGAGGUUGUUUCAGAUGUGGAAGAUGAGAGCGAUGAUGAAAAACUUUACAGAUGCACUGUUUCUCUUUAGUUCAUUUUUGUGCUGUCACAUUAAAGAAUUAGUUCUGCUUUUUGAAUGUUGAUGGCAAUCUGUUGUUUAUUUUCUGUA